CCCGUGUUCUCUGCAAAACGUCUACAAACAGCCACAAGGAAGCGAGGCACUACAACUGGAACGCAACAUUACAGUGAGGAUAUAACUGCUGUUUUGUUUUACAAACAGCAGUUUUAAAAAGUGGUCUAUGGGUUUAUUUUAGUCAGGCAAAAGGUUGGAAUCAUAAAAUAAAUUAAUAACCUUGUUCAAAAUGAGCUUCGCGGUUUUCUCGUACGAGAGUUUGGUGCAUGCAGUAUCAGGAGCAGUGGGAAGUGUGACUGCCAUGACAGUAUUCUUCCCUCUUGAUACUGCCAGACUGAGGCUACAAGUGGAUGAAAACAGGAAGACCAAAUCAACUCCAGCUAUUCUGGCAGAUAUUGUCAAAGAGGAAGGACUACUGGCUCCGUACAGAGGCUGGAUCCCGGUCAUCUGCAGCCUGUGCUGCUCCAACUUUGUCUACUUCUACUGCUUUCACAGCCUCAAGGCUAACUGGCUGAAGGGAAGGCAGUCGGCACCAAGCACUGACUUAAUCAUAGGCAUUGCUGCAGGUGUUGUAAACGUGCUGCUUACCACUCCUUUGUGGGUGGUCAACACCAGGCUGAAGCUUCAGGGUUCCAAGUUUCGCAAUGCAGACAUACGGCCCACCAACUACUCUGGCAUUCUGGAUGCAUUUUCGCAGAUCAUCCGUGAUGAGGGAGUGGGAGCACUGUGGAACGGCACCCUCCCGUCCCUGCUGCUGGUGCUGAACCCCGCCAUCCAGUUCAUGAUUUACGAAGGCCUAAAGAGGCAGCUGAAAAGAGGAGUUCCCAGGGAGCUGUCAUCUGUUGAGGUCUUCCUCAUCGGCGCUGUUGCCAAAGCUGCUGCCACCAUCGUUACCUACCCACUGCAGACUGUACAGUCCAUUCUCAGGUUUGGUCAGUUCAACGAGUCAACGGGCGAGUCAAAACUACUGUCAAGUCUGAGGACAAUCAAGUGUCUGUUGGUCAACAGAGUGAGGAAGAAUGGCAUGUUGGGUCUGUUUAAAGGCCUGGAGGCCAAGCUGCUGCAGACGGUGCUGACUGCUGCACUCAUGUUCCUUCUCUAUGAGAAGAUUACCAGCUGCACCUUCAGAGUCAUGGGACUGAGCAGCGACCACUACAAGAAACGCUAGCUAGCUUCGCGGCCAUGGACGUUUGACAACAUUAAUGCACUGACAGACUGUAGUAAUCACUGUUUACAGACCCCAUGACAAACUGUCACUUUCUUGAAAACAGUAAAUCUUUAUUGGGGACCUCAUCUUACAAAUUCUCUAAUCAAUAAAACAUUACAAAAUGUAA